UCUCUUCUCUCUUCAUCUUCACCAAUAUAUAUCUCUCUCUCUUUCGCGGUGUCCUUUUUUCCAAUUUCAGCAGCUCACACCAUUUCAAUCGCCGAUCUUCUUCAAGCCAGUGAGUUUCUUUGCUUAUUCAUCAACAAUUUCAUCAAAUUACCUUUCAAUCUUGAUUCAAAUUCUAUUGGGUUAGUUCUCAAUCUUUUGUAAAUCUUUACAGCUCUUCAAUCUUUUCUUUGAGUUUUCCUGUUUCCCCUUGUUUUCGUUCGUGUUUUCAAACGAUUUCAAAUGGGUUGCACGGUGAGGGAUAAGCAUGUUCGUACGAAUCGGAGGCCUCGAUCGGUAAAACCCGAAUUCGAUCCGUGUUGUCACCUAGAACGAGCUUCACUUCACAAAUCUGUACUCGAAUCGGGUUCUAAGCUGUUGGAUUAUCAUAUAGGGCUUGAUGAUUCGAAUCAGAAUAACGCUGUUACCUCAAACUCUAAUUUCAGCUCCAACAUGGAUGAUGGUGGAUGGGGUUACUGUACGGAGGAUCAAUUAGAGGAAAUAUUGAUGAAGAAUUUACAAUUUGUAUAUACUGAAGCUAUUUCUAAGCUUGUAGCAUUGGGUUAUGAUGAGGAUACUGUGAUGAAAGCGAUUUUGCAAAAUGGGCACUGUUAUGGUAGUAUGGAUGUUCUAACAAAUGUACUGCAUAAUUCCUUGUCGUUUUUGAAUGGUGACAAUAACUCUGAUAAUGCCAAUAGCGAGGAUGUUGCAGCUGCUGCUGUUUCUGGUGAUGGUAUUGGUAUUGAUAUUGGUAAUGGUAGUGGUAUUUGUAUUGCUAAUGAGAAUGCUAAUGCUAAUUUGGUUGUGGAUGACCAUGAGCCUGUCUUCUCUGAUUUAAGGCAAUUGCAGGAGUACUCGUUGGCUGGUAUGGUAUGUUUGUUGCAACAAGUUAGGCCUCAUUUGACUAAAGGAGAUGCUAUGUGGUGUCUGCUUAUGAGUGAUCUUCAUGUCGGUCGGGCAAGCGCUAUGGAAAUUCCGGUGCUUCCUCCGACACCAAGUAAUGUUAAUGGGUCAGCAUCUGGUGGCAAUGGUGAGAAUGUUAGUAACCAACCAGUUGGAUUUUUGGCACCAUCCCUUUGUAAAUUUCAUAGUGGUUCAGGUUUUGGAAAUGGUGGUAGUUCAGAAUUUUCUGUAAAUGGGUUUCUGUCUUAUGCUCCUGAUAUGAAUUUGCACAGAGAUAUUGAGUGUCCAAAGAGGUUUAAUCUUUCUCCUUCAAUGAAGUCAUUGUUGAAGAGGAAUGUGGCUGCAUUUGCUGCUGGUUUUCGAGCAAACUCGAAGAACCUUCAGGCACAGUCUCAAGCUUGUACAAAUGCCUUACCAAGUGAAAAUCCCCCUGUUGUACAAGGUGCUUCUGGAGUUCCAGUGGAGAAAAGUGAGGAGCCCCAGAUUGUAAAUAACCAAGACGCUGUGAAUUCAAUGUUGAGUAAAUUCCGCGAUUUGAAACUUUAUGAGAAUUUAGAUUUUGUGGCAGAAGAUCAAAAAGAUGAAGUGAUUGUAAAUCUCUUGCAGCAGAUUAAAGAGCUUGAGAGACAAGUAAAGGAGCGGAAAGAAUGGGCACAUCAAAAGGCAAUGCAAGCUGCAAGGAAACUGAGUAAUGAUCUCACAGAGCUUAAAAUGUUGAGGAUGGAAAGGGAAGAGACCCAACGCCUGAAAAAAGGAAAACAGACUUUAGAGGACACAACAAUGAAACGACUAUCUGAGAUGGAGAAUGCUUUGAGAAAGGCCAGUGGUCAGGUGGACCGUGCAAAUGCAGCAGUGCGACGACUUGAGACAGAAAAUGCAGAAAUUAGAGCAGAGAUGGAAGCUUUAAAGUUAAGUGCCUCCGAGUCUGUCACUACUUGUUUGGAGGUUGCAAAGAGGGAGAAAAAAAGCCUAAAGAGAUUACUGGCCUGGGAAAAGCAGAAAACAAAAUUACAGGAGCAGAUUGCAGAGGAGAAGGAUAAGAUAUCAAAGUUGCAAGAUCAAUUGGAGACGAUCAAGUUAGAUCAAAAAGAGGCUGAGGUGAGAUGGAGGCAGGAGGUGAAUGCUAAAGAGGCUGCCAUGGCACAGGUGGAAGACGAAAGACGUAGUAAAGAAGCAGCGGAGGUGAGUAGUAAACGAAAGCUCGAGGCAUUACGCCUUAAGAUAGAGAUAGAUUUUCAGCGGCACAAGGAUGAUCUCCAAAGGCUUGAACAAGAACUUUUGCGUCUAAAGGCAUCUGCACAAUCCACAGAGUCACACCACCCCUCCAAUAAUACACCUAAAGGGAAUUCCCAGAGUGUAAAACCCCAAGGAGAAACCAUUGCGAAAAUGCUUCGGGAAUUAGAUAGUGAUGAGGAUUUGUCGGAGAAAGAUGUCAAUCACGACCGCGAAUGCAUAACAUGUAUGAGAGGUGAGGUAUCAAUUGUUUUCUUGCCUUGUGCUCACCAAGUUCUCUGUGCUAGUUGCAGUGAUAACUAUGGCAAAAAGGGUAAAGCAACAUGCCCAUGUUGUCGGGUUCCGAUAGAACAGAGAAUCCGAGUUUUUGGUGCGAGUUCAUAGAACAAUAGUAAGUAAGAGUUUAAAGAAUACCAUGUCUCAACCGUAACAUUUCUUUGUUAAAGAAACUCCAUAUUCACUGCUCUGCAGGCCUUGGUAAUAUACCUUUGAAUAUGUUUACAGUUUACUAAAUAUACUUAAAUUGAAUAUGCUUCUGAUAUGUCAGGAUAUCUAUCAAUGUAUGUAAAUAAAAAGAAGUUGCUUUGCUUAUGGGGUGUGAUGUUCUUGUCUA